UGGACAUAGAGAAAAUUAAUUCUGUCAUUCCUCAAUGUCUUUCGAUCCAAAGCAUCAAAGAGAGAAAGAGAAGGCUAUGGAGAAAAUAAAUUAUUUAACAUAGGGUUUCGCAGAUCUUGCCGUCAUCUCCCUCAUCCUAUAAUUCAUCAAUUACAAUGAGGGCGGUCUAACAUCCGAUGCUCGAUUCCUGGGCAGAUCUUGCCGUCAUCCCCCUGCCUGCCGAUUCCCCAAAAUCACCGGCGGGCUCGUCACUGGAAUCGACCUCUCAGGGCGAUUCGCUCGAGAAGCUCGUCCUAGGAAAGAACAAGCUCAGCGGCCUGAUCGUGGAGGAUCUGAACUUUCCCUUCCUCAAGUACUUGGAUUUGGGCAACAAUUUAUUCUCCGUCCCUAUGCCAGUGGAUUUGAGCAACAAUUUAUUCCUCAAGUAAUUGGAUUUAUCCGACAUGAACAGGCCCGUCCAAUUAAUUGUGUUGAGCUUUUUUUUUAAUUGAUUCACCUAAUCCCAAUUUGCCAGAAAGUCCAAUCGGCGGAGCCAAUCGGCGAUGGGCAUAACAACAGCCUCCGCCGACUCCGAAUCGGCGACCCUCUUGAUCCCCAAGUCAACCAAUCCGGAUAAGAUCCCCAAAGAUGCGUUCCACUUGGCUUACAUAAUAUACUUCACAUUGGGCGCGGGCUAUCUCCUUCCAUGGAACGCCUUCAUCACCGCCGUCGAUUACUUCACCUACCUCUACCCGGGUGCCUCCGUCGACCGCGUGUUCGCCGUAGUUUAUAUGCUCGUGGGGCUCACGUCCGUUGUCUUCAUCAUCGCGUUCGCUCACAGAUCCAACUCAUAUGUGAGGAUCAAUGUCGGGUAUGUGUUGUUCCUGGUGGCGCUGCUGGCUGUACCUCUGAUGGAUGUUUGGUAUGUGGAGGGAAGAGUUGGGGUUUACGGUGGCUAUUAUGCAACGGUGGGUUUCGUGGCAUUGUGUGGAGUGGCGGAUGGAUUGGUGCAGGGAGGUGUUGUGGGGAAUGCAGGGGAAUUGCCUGAGAGGUACAUGCAGGCUGUGGUUGCUGGAACUGCUGCUUCUGGUGUCCUUGUUUCAAUUUUAAGAGUUAUAACAAAAGCCAUAUUUCCUCAAGAUACCCACGGCCUCAGACAAAGCGCAAACCUUUACUUCAUUGUUAGCAUUGCAGUAAUGCUAUUAAACAUAAUUUUCUAUAAUGUGGCUCAUAGGCUUCCCGUUAUCAAAUAUUACAAAGACCUCAAAAGCGUGGCCGUAAAUGAGGAGAAGGAGCAGAAAGGUGACAUCACUGGGAAGCUAUGGAGAUCGACAUUAUGGGACAUCGUUGGGGCCGUAAAAUGGUAUGGAUCGGGAAUCUUGGUCAUAUACGUCGUGACUUUAAGCAUUUUUCCUGGUUCAGUUACAGAGGAUGUUCAUUCGGCCAUCCUCAAGGACUGGUAUCCAAUUAUUUUAAUUGCGGGUUAUAAUAUAUUUGACCUCAUCGGUAAAACAUUGACCCCAUUGUAUCUUAUGGACAACGCUAAAGUUGCUAUUGGUGCUUCAUUUGGGAGGUUGUUGUUUUUGCCCCUUUUCUACAUUUGUUUGCACGGUCCCGAAAUUUUCAGGACAGAGAUUCCUGUUACAGUGUUGACGUGUCUUCUGGGCCUUACAAAUGGGUACUUCACUUGUGUCUUGAUGAUUUUGGCCCCGAAAACAGUCCAGAUACAGCAUGCCGAGACUGCUGGGAUUGUCUCGGUGUUGUAUCUCAUCUUUGGUUUGGCUAUUGGUUCAGUUGUGUCCUGGUUUUGGGUCUUCUAAUGAAUUUAACUGGUGUGGGGGAGUUUAAAAGUUUAAAAUAAUAUUGAUAUUUCUGCCCCAGAAUGUAGCAAAAGUUGGUCAGUCAGUGGUAUUUUCAUUCGUAUUUGUUCAUAUGCCCAGUUUGUUCGCAUGUUCAUAACUGAAAUGUUACUUUUAUGUUUGUAAUUAAAUUUGCUUCAUGGAGACUGUAGAAAUGUGUGAUGGCCUUCUAAUUUUUCUUGCAAUACCAGCUCUCAUGUGAACAUAUAUAUUAACAGGGUAUGGCAAACUAAAUAGCAUUUCCAUCUCCAAUUGGUUUCUCAUGUAAACUUUCAAGUGUGGGAAGCUAUGCUCACCUUGGAGCAAGUUUCUUUUAGAAUUGUCUAAUUCCUAUUAUCAUUGGUUUUGCGUGAAUAUGCAUACAUCACAUUACCCACAUUAUUAGGGCAUGAUCAUGUAAGCAGCUACUGCUGAAGGUGUUUCUUUAUGUAUUUUGUACUUUUACCAUGGUUGUUAUUGUUAUGGUGUGCUUAUGGUAAUGUGUCUGGUGUGGUGUUGAAUAUUUUGAGGCGUAGCAUUCCGAAAAGCAGCUACUGGAUGGCUGAUUAAAUUUUUAGAUCCUGCAUGAAUCUUGUGUAUAUAAAUAAAUGUUAAAAAGAUGUUGGUUUGUAUACUGAAAGUAAUGCGUUGGUGAAUGUUUGUAAUAGAUUAAACUACGGAAGAUUAUUGUAUAUGUAAUGCUUUCUAGAACAAACAUGUAAGGGCCUUCGAGG